UGAUCCCGCGCCCCCUCCGUGACCCCCGAGCCCGUAUCCUCCGUCUCGACCGUCCCUCGACCCCCUCGUCUGAUGAGGUCUACGGCCGCGAGGUCUAGGGCGCCAAAGGGGAAAGCAACGAGGGAGGUGAAGGAGGAGGGGCCGGGCGGUUCGCUCGUCGGGUACAAACUAAACUGCUGGCUGUUCUUGUUGGGAUCUGGGGCUUCUUGGUCCUGGAUCUGGGGGUUUUAGAGGUGCUGUUUCUUGAUGGGUUCGGCCCGAAGCUGGGGAUGGAGAUGGCGAGGGGGUUUGGGGAAGAAGCGAGGGUCACGGAGGGGGGUUUGAAGGGGAGGUUGAGGGUCGUUGAGGGCAAGGUCAAAGGGGCCGUCGGCGGUGGGGAAGAAGAGAGGGUCGCAAAUUGUAGCUCUUCGGAUUCUGUGUGGAAACUGAACCAGGGAGGCCAUCACCACUUGUCGUUUCAGUGGAGGUGCGUGAUCUACCAAUCAAUGGCGGAGGAAUUGAGCGUUUGGGGAAGCCCUCUUCAGACAUCGGGGAUUCUAGCCGCCGGGGUGUCUGCCCGAUCUCUAACCCUUUUAUCAGGCAGAAUUAUAGAGUGGUCUGGAGGAGGCAAGCUCGUCCCAACCUCGAGGUCGAGCAACGGCAGCUCAUGGACGCUGGAUAGAUGGAGCUCGACGGCAGUGCAGUUGGAAGGGGAGACCUGGGUGUUGGAGUACCAGAGGAGCGCCCUCUUUCAGGGGUCAGGACUGAUUCAAUCCGCGUGGGAAAUUUCGAGGCUGAGGACGCAGAGGAUGGCGAGGGGAUUGAGAUGGAGGCUGGCGUUGGCCAGAACGACCUUCGGCGGCGGCGGCGGCGGCGGCGGCAGCUCUUCCUCUUACUACCGCGCUUCAGAAGGGAUCCAACCUCAUUUUAAGCAGCCAACUUAAAUUAGGACGAAGGACUGCUCCGAGAUCGUUUCACUCGGUCUUGCUGCUGGUUUUGGUCUCAUCUCUUGUGAGAUAUUAGUAGCUAGGUGCUACUUGUUUCCUUUCUGUAACUAAACUAUUGUGGUUGUUAUUAG